GCAGCGAUUAUCACAUUCACGGCGCUCACUAGAGUGUUUAAGCAAAGGUGUUUACGCUAGGUAUAAUUCCAACAGUUUCUUUCUAUCCUAAAAAUGAGUUUUGUAUCUAAGGCGUAUUUGCAAUUUUUAAAAUGUGACAUAUCAAAAUCACUUAAAAUAAUUCAAUCAUGUGCUUCAAAAAGUUAUUUUUCUGUAACCAGGGUGAAACUUGGAAGAUCACCAGAAGAGAAAAAAAAAGAUGAAGGAAUUCCUGAACCUCCACCUGUUGAAAUAUGUCAUUGUAGGAGAGAUAUAAGAAUUGCACCCAAAAAAAUGCUUCUCUCUGCUAAUCUUGUUGCAAGAUUACCAAUUAAUGAGGCAAUUGCACAGGCACAAUUUUCUAUAAAAGGUGCUUCUGAAGUUGUAAAAGAGGUUUUAAAAGAAGCUCAAGAUAUUGCUGUUAAAAAAUAUGGUGUUGAGGAUCCUUCAUACUUAUAUGUUGAUCAAUCAUUUAUUGGGCGUGGGCAGCACCUUAAGCGUAUUAAUUAUCGAGGACAAGGAAGAAUGGACAUAAUGAGACGACACUAUUGCCAUUACUUUGUCAUUCUAAAAGAGGGUACUCCUCCCGGAAAAAAUAUAAGUAGAACCAGAUCAAGAUAUUUGACACCUUUAGAAAAAAAAUUGCGUUAUCCCAAGACAAUUAAAAAUUCACUAGCUUGGUGGUAAAAUUAGUCUUGUUCCGUUCCGCGGAAAGUUUUCUGUGAGUGGAAAUUCACCUUUAUGAAAUUAUAGUGGAAAAACCGUGUA